UCAGAGAGCUAAACUCAGGGAGCCUAGCGCUAGUGGACUUAGCAGGUUAGCUGGAGGCUAGCUAGCUCUGCUGUCAUGUAGCAUUAGCUGGCUAAACAACAUUGCAGCUAAUGUGACAUUAUAACAUAUUUAUGUAACUAUGGGGUAUUAUCCUCGUUAAAAAUCUUAAACGACAACUAUAUUAAAAUAUUUAGCUGUGCAGAAAUGUAUUAGAAUGUAGCAAACUAUCUAAGUAGUUAGCUAGCUAAAAAGCUAUCUAGCAAGCUAGCUAAGCUAACAAGAUAGUUACUCUGGCAGGCUAGUAUGUGGGUUAGUUAGCUAACCUAAAUGAGUGGAGUGUAUUUUACGGUUCUCUGAAGAUCACUAACCUGCUGUUACUCUGAUUUUCUGUUCUUUUUGAUUAGUUAUUUUGCUCGUGUUCAAGCAUAUCCAGGUCUGUCACACACAUAUACAUGAUUUUUUAAGAGGAAAGGAAAUCUAAGAGCUGCCACAGAAUUUCCACAUCCGUUUUAACCUAGAAUGUUUUGGGACCAAGGAUUUUAUUUGCUUAACAGGAAAACCUCCACAGCCUCCUGCAGAGGGUUCAGAUGAAGAUGAAGAAGGCACAGCCCUCAUGAUAAAACCAGGCACUGGAAACUCUGGAAAGGAAGAUAAAGAUAAUGAGGCUUUCUUCAGAAAGGUCCAAGAGAUCCGAGAAGGCCUUGAAACUCUUAAGAAGAAAGUGGCUGAACUGGAGAACAAACAGAAAACUGUUUUAGGGGUGGCACUGCCAGAUGACAAUAUGAAAAGGGAACUUCAAGUCCUAAGGGAUGAGAUCAAAGUACUGGCCGGACAGAUCCACAAAAAACUGAAGAAUCUUGAACCCAAGAAAACUGAUGAAGAUGGGAAAUACAUUCCUAUAAACUUAAGAAUGCAAAGAACACAGCAUGCUGUCUUGUCUCGUGACUUUGUGGAGGUGAUGGGGAACUGUAACACUAUUCAGGCCCAGUACAGAGACAGAAAUGUGGAGCGGAUACAAAGGCAACUCAAAAUCACUGGCAAUAAUGUGACAGAUGAGCAGCUGGAAUCGAUGCUUGAGAGUGGACAGACCGAUGUGUUCACACAAAAUAUCUUAACAGAUGUUAAAGCUACUAAGCAGGCACUGAAUGAGAUCGAGACACGGCAUGAUGAGAUUCUUAAACUAGAAAGAAGCAUCAGAGAUCUUCAUGACAUGUUCCAGUAUCUCGCCAUGGAGGUGGAGGCACAGGGUGAAAUGGUUAAUAGGAUUGAAAACAAUAUAAUUAACUCUACUAACUACGUGGAGAAGGCUGUUGCUGAAACUGCAGAAGCUGUUACCUCUCAGAACAAAGCCCGAAAGAAAAAGCUGUGGAUUGCAUUAUGCUGCGCAAUUUUACUUGUGAUAAUUAUUAUUGCUCUGGCUGCUAGUUUAAGCUGAGUGUUUUCAUGCUGCUGGCGUCUCCUGUCUUGAGUUUAAAAGAAAUUCCUACUGUUAUUAAAUUCACAAACCUGUUUUACACUAACAUAUUCAUCGUCAUCAUGUCCAUAGCAUUUUCAGCUCUCCCGGAUUCUCCACUCAUUUACUGUUGGAACAGAGAAAGUUUUUCUGAACUUUAAGUGUUAUGAAUAUAGUACAGGGACCUUUUCUGUAUAUUGAAUUUCAGGCAUAUUCAUUUUUAACCUUUUUAAGUUUAAAAGCUAUGAUGCACUAUGAUGGAUUUGGAUCAUCUUGGAUGGUCUUCUUUUUGAAAUCAGUACUUAUAAAAUCAUUUCGGCUCUAGAAAAGGAAAACUUCAUUUCUCAGGAAAACCAAAAUUAUUAAACAAAUUCUUAAUAUAUAAGUAGUUAUUACACCAGUGAGACCCACUGUUAGAGAUAUGAGCUAUUGCUUUUGUCUUAAUGUGUUGAUUGUUUCAUGGUGUUAUUCUGCAUAAUUGUGUAAACUAUGUAACUUUCUGAAGACUUGAAAUUUCUCAAGAUGAGCAUCCAUCACACAUCUGUACAUAGAUACACACUAAUAUGUUUUAUAUUUCUUUUACAAUGCAGUAUCUGCUCCUAAACCAUUAUAACUGCUUAUGUCAUUAAAUAACAUGAAUAAGGGCUAUUUUUAUUUCUCCAAAAGCAUCAUAGAUCUACAUGUAGUCUUUUAAUUGUGAGCCACUACUUAGAAUUGCAUGUAAGAAGUUGAAAUUGUUAAUGAAGUAAUUGUAAGAUGCAUAAAAGGUGAUCUACAGUAGGUGCUUUGUUGGGCUUUAGCAGCUUUUCAUUAUGUACUGUUAGUUUCAAGUGCCUCUGCCUCAUUGCUUUAGCCCAGGAAUCGUCAUUGUUUUACUUUACUAAGUAUCAGUGGAGAAUAAAGUCUCUGAGAGAGUGCAGUAUUUGUGGAGAAUGAUUAGGUGUCAUUUUGUACUGAACUGAUCUGAUCCCAAUUAUUUUAAUGUAGAACUAUUGUUUUUAAAUAAAAUAUAUCGUAUACUAAA